CGUCGAGGUGCUGCAUCCGCCAGCAAAGAAACAGAGUCGAUCCACGCAGACGGCCUCUUUCUCUCCUUCCUCCCUUCCUCCUCACCCACACUCGGCUCAGUCCAUCAAAGCUGAUCAGUACCCGUACUUCCUUCCAUCCGCUCGUCGAUUCCCCGGACUGAUCGACCCCUAUCUUGACAUCCAACCCCCACUCGCUAUCCCAGAUCAGAUUCGCAAUGGAGACCGUCCAGUCCUUCUUUCGGGGACCCACAUCAGAGUACCUUGGCUCUGCACAGUCGACCGAGCUGAAUGCCUCUCUGGUCCCCUCAGGCCAUCCUGCGUCCAGUAACACCUCGGGUUUAAAGACACAGCUGGCCAUCUCAACUCUGUUGGGUCUGAGUUCGUUUUUGACAUUCUGCUUUUUGCGAACAAGAUGGACGAUUCUUUAUGCUCCUCGGUCAAAGCUUCGAAGGCACACACCUCCUGUUCUAUCCUCGACAUUCUUUGGAUGGAUCCCCCAGUUGUUACGUAUCCCAGAAGCAGAACUCAUCGAGUGUGUAGGGCUGGAUGCAGCCAUGAUGUUGCGUUUCUUCACAAUGUCCUUGAAAUUGUUCGCAGCCUGCAUGAUCCCGGGAUUACUCAUCAUCUUGCCUAUCAACAUCUAUUCGGCAAGCGAGGGUCGACUACCAACGGAUCCGGAUGAAGACAAUGAGUUUGAUCCGUCGCUACCCAAUGCAGCACCUCGGCAUGAAACGUCGCUUCUCUAUUUGUUUGCGCAGUUCACGUUCACCUGGGUAUUCUCACUCCUCACGAUUUAUGUACUCUGGCGCACAUACGAGGGCUACAUCGAUAUACGACGGCGCUACCUACUGAAGCGCCGUAAAGCUAUCGUGAACAGGACCAUCAUGGUAGUCGGACUGCCGUCUCACCUGCGGAACGAUAGGGCGUUGGCGACAUUUUACGAAUCAUUGGGCGUGGGCACAGUCGAGAGUGCGCAUGUAUGUCGGCAUGUUACGGGUCUGAAGCGCCUUAUCGAGCAGCGAGCUUACGCGCUGAGGGCAUUGGAACAGGUCUACACGGAGUACUAUGGCAACCCGUCUAGUGAUCCUGACUAUGAUCCUGAGGCAAUCGCAGCCGAGAAUGAUCACACGCUGGACCAUGGUCUCCAUGCUGCUGCAAGUGCAGCUGAGAGUUCGCAUGAUCCAACACGAGGCUAUUUUCCCCAUGUAGGGGAUUGCCCUUCUUCGAUGCAAUCGAAUGACCGUACCAAGAAGCGACCUACGAUAAGACUUGGGUUCUUGGGACUCUUUGGGAAAGAAGUCGACAAGAUUGACUAUUGUCGCGAAGUUUUCGCCACCCUGGACAAGGCAGUGCAAAAGAUGCGCCUGUCAAGAGUUUUUGCAACCACGAGCAUCGGAUUUGUCACGUUCGAAGAAAUGCAUGCAGCACAAAUCCUCGCGCAAACUGUCAACACUCAGGAAACGCUCUCCUGCGAGACAUUCUUGGCUCCAGAACCACGCGAUGUUUAUUGGGACAAUCUGAAUCUGCCUCCGAGCGAGCUCGACGUGCGAACUGUCGUCAUCAACGUCAUUACGUUUUCCCUCGUCUUCUUCUGGGCAGGUCCUGUGGGCGUGUUCUCAUCGUUUUUAAGCCUCGACUCUCUCAACAAAGUCUUUCCUGGCAUAUCCAAACUAGCAGGAAAGCACCGGUUGCUAAAGUCGCUGAUUCAGGGCUUCCUUCCCACUGUCGGGGUGAUCGUUUUCCUCGCCGUUGUACCGAGGAUCCUAUUAGCACUCUGUCGACGGCAAGGAAUUCAGUCACGCUCAGAGAUCGCCCAAUCAUUGUACAACAAAUACUUCAUGUUCAUCCUCUUCAACGUCGUCCUUGUAUUCACUAUCAUCGGGACCUGGUCCCAGGCAAUCAACAAAGUCUAUCACAACAUCGGAGAGCUGACGCUUCUGCUGGCAGCUUCGUUACCGCGAGUCGCGCCGUUCUUUGUCAACUACAUCAUCCUUCGAGGUAUCGGCCUCCUCCCUCUCCAGCUUUUGCAGGUCGCAGACGUCUUCAUCCUGAUCCUUCAAAAUUUUAUCUCCAGGACUCCUCGCGACUAUGCAGAAGCACGAGCGCCGCCGGAAUUGCCAUAUGGCGUCGUGUAUGCGAAUGCGACAUUGGUUUUUGUGGUCCUCCUGAUCUAUUCGUGCAUGCAGCCAUUGAUCCUUGUCUUUGGAGUCAUUUAUUUUGCGCUGGGCUAUCUCGUCAUCAAGUACCAACUGCUCUAUGUCUAUUUCCAUCCCAACGAAUCGGGGGGACAAAUGUGGCCCAUGGUCUACAACCGGAUGACACUAGGGCUCCUCACCUUUCAGCUAACGAUGUUGGGCCUUUUUAUGUUGAAGCACGCAUACUUCUUCGGGGUACUGUUGGCACCCCUGCCAGCGGCGACGGCUUGGUUUUGGUACUGGACUACCAACACGUAUAGAUGGACUGCCAAAUACAUGCCCCUAGAACUCCUGCGUCCAGCUCAUCAUAUGGGUUCGUUUUUGGGACACUUUGAGGAGCCCAUGGCUUCUCCACAACAGGAAUACUCAGACGACAGCAGCCCACUGACGGCAUCAGGAUUAGAUGUGACAGGACCUGGCAGCGGGCUUGGACAGGUUGCUGUGGACAUGGAUCCUAAAGAAUCUUUGUCGAAACAACCACUGGACAUCAGUCGACUGGUGGCCGGCAUGGUAGUGACCACUCCCGACGGCUUGAAACGUCGAGUCCCCAAAACCGUCGUGGAUGACGAUGAGUACCAGGCGAUCCCAGAUCGAUUCACGGACUAUCAACAGCCUCCCAUGACGCUGUACCCGGGUGUGCUGAACUCGGGAAUGCGACACUACUGCCAUCCAGCUAUCGCAGGCGCGCUUCCAACACUCUGGUUGCCCCUCAGGAAGAACGAGUCCGAUGGCAGAGGCAAGGGCCCGGCAUCCCAUUAUGACGAAUCGAAUGAUUUCUCAGACCAAAUGCGCGGCUUUGAUGAAGGUGAUAACAUGGCAGGAGGCGUGCAGGACGACGACGAUGACGAUUUGAUCAGUUUCUCGGACGAGUGGCAAGGUAACGGCAGCACCGGUUUACAGGACCAGGACCGUAACGGGUAUUUGACGAUUGUAGAAGAGAUAACGUUUGAGGACGAUAUUGAAGAUGGAUCGAGUGAUAUCACUGGGGGCCCUAGUUCUCCAGCUUUGCCGCCCACAAAUGACCCGCCAACAAGCGGGGCUCUCAGAAGGAACCCAGCAGUGGAAGGCAUCAGCGAUGUGUACUACCAUCAUCCGGAGAGGCGGUCGUCGAAUGCGAGUUCAACGUCGGCGAUUAGGAAUCUUGUAAUAGGUGGAAGCGGCGGUAAUGGCAGUCUGCAGCCGCCAAGGUCGAUGCCUGCGCGGAGCUCAAGGGCAAAUUCAUUGAGGAACCGGGCUGGAUCACUUUCAACGUCUAGGGCCCCUGUAUCGGCUCCAUCGAGUGGUAGGCGUUCAUAGGUGGCCAAUGCGCUAUAUGAGACUAUGCGAAAUAAAAACGAAAGAAAAGACGCG